GACACUAAAGUCACUUCAGGGCUCCGCAGGGCCCCGCUUGCACCCUGGCUUCUAUCAGCGAUUAAAAGUAGUAUUUUCUUGUUCUAUAUUUACACACAGCCAAAUAUGACCGCAGCUGUCUAAAUAACUCCAUCUGGACUUAAGCCAAAGACGUUAGAGGGACCGACCGGUUACCAGGAUGGCCAGUUCUGGGGAAGUGACCGCCUCUGUGAAUGCUCCAGCUCCAUCCAAGCUGAAAGAAGAAGCAGGAGAGGACUCUUGCAGUAGUUCCACCACCACCACUGCUGUGACCCCGGAGUGUGCCAUCUGCCUGCAGAGCUGCGUCCACCCCGUCAGUCUGCCAUGCUGCCAUGUCUUCUGUUUCCUGUGUGUCAAAGGCGCCUCCUGGCACAGCAAGCGCUGUGCUCUCUGUCGACAGGAAAUCCCAGAAGACUUUUUGGAGCGUCCAGUUCUGCUCUCUCUAGAAGAACUGAAAGCUGCAGCGGCUGGGCUGAACCUGAACGGGAGUGAAUCCCGUGGAGACUACACAUGGUACUACGAAGGGCGCAACGGCUGGUGGCAGUACGAUGAGAGGACGAGUCGAGAACUGGAGGAGGCCUUCAUGAAGGGGAGGAAGAGCACCGAGAUGCUGAUUGCUGGGUUUCUUUACGUGGCAGAUCUGGAGAAUAUGGUGCAGUAUCGCAGGAAUGAGCACAGUCGCAGACGUAAGAUGAAGAGGGACGUAGUUAAUAUCCCUAAGAAGGGCGUGGCAGGACUGAGGUUGGACUCUGAGCCUGUCUCUGUCCCUGUUCUACCGAUGAUUGUCUCUACAACAGCAGAUCGUGUAAACUCAGCUGAUGGUUCUGACUCUACAAGCCAGUCACAGCCUUCAUCUGUUGGGAUUACGGUUUCUCUUCCACCUGUUAGACCCCAAACACUCCUCGGACGUCAUCUUAACAGUCCUCUGUCCCCAUCACCGUCCAUUCUUGAACAAUCUUUCUCUCAGCUCCUAAUCAGCCAGCCUGAGGGGGAAGAUGCACAGGAAGAAGAUGAGCUGCACAGGUAUGAGUCUGCAUCAGGCAGCAGUGAGAGUGAAGAAGAAGAGGAGAGUGAUGGAAGGAGAGGGAAGUCGGAAGCACGAAGGAGGCCGCUAAGAGAGAGCCAGCAAACCAGAAUUCCUCCAAGAGGCAUGCCUUCCAGCUCCGCCCUCAGCCUUCGCUCUCGUAGUCCUGAUGGACAGUGUACCAUAACAGAGGUAUAAGUGAUCCACCUCUAAUCAGCUCGGCAAAAAAGGCAAAGCAAAAACUUCUAAAGACAGAAUACGUCUGAAAGGUCCAGUUGAAAGGAGAAAUACCUCUGCUGUGUAGUUCUUUAAACCUACAGUGAUGGUGUGCCAAAUGUUUUAUUUCUGCUUGUUUUUACAUUAGGACAAUUGAUGGGUUAAAUUUAGCCUUCAAUCUAAAACUUAAAAUUAAAAGCAGUUUACAGCAACUGGAUAAAAUUAGAAGAGUUUCAAUGGGCACCGUAUUUUAAAGCCUUUUUUCAAACUGGGAUUAUGGAAAAAAAACAAA